CCACUAUAUAUACGCGCGCGCCAUGAACGCCCUCCUCACUCCCCAUCUCCCACUCGUGCGCCACCACAGCUCGAGUUCUCAUCACCAGUGCGCCACUGUUGCGAUAGUAGUAGCUUGUCGGCCCUGCCUGGUUCGGGGAUCGAUCGCUUGCCCUGCUUAUUUGCUUGGCCCAGCUCUGCUCUGUUUCUUGGCAAUGGUGGUCCUCGCGAAGCCGGCGGCGCUGGAGCAGAUCGCGCUGCUGAGGACGCCGGAGGCGUGGGAGAGCUUCUCGGGCGCCCCGGCCGUGGACCUGUCCGGCCCCGGCGCCGCGGCGGACGUGGUGCGCGCGUGUGAGCGCUACGGGUUCUUCAGCGUCGUGAACCACGGCGUGCCGGCGGGCGUGGUGGACCGGCUGGAGGCGGAGGCCGUCCGGUUCUUCGCGUCGUCGCAGGCGGACAAGGACGCGUCGGGCCCCGCCGACCCGUUCGGGUACGGGAGCAAGCGCAUCGGGCGCAAUGGCGACAUGGGGUGGGUCGAGUACCUCCUCCUCGCCAUCGAGCGCGACGCGCUCUCCAAGGCCUCCCCGGCGCCGACGUCGGCGCUGAGGGACGCGAUCAACGACUACGUGGGCGCCAUGCGCGGGCUGGCGAGGACGGUGCUGGAGAUGGUGGCGGAGGGGCUGGGCGUGUCGCCGCGGGGCGCGCUGGCGGACAUGGUGACGGGCGACGCGGCGAGCGACCAGGUGUUCCGGGUGAAUCACUACCCGCCGUGCCCGCUGCUGCAGGGGCUCCCGCCCAACUGCAGCGUGACCGGGUUCGGCGAGCACACGGACCCGCAGCUGGUGUCCAUCCUGCACUCCAACGGCACGCCCGGGCUCCAGGUCGCCCUCCACGACGGGCGCUGGGUGUCCGUCCCGCCCAACCGCGACGCCUUCUUCGUCAACGUCGGCGACUCCCUCCAGGUUCUGACGAACGGGAGGCUGAGGAGCGUGCGGCACCGGGUGGUGGCCGGCAACGGGCUCAAGUCGCGCAUGUCGAUGAUCUACUUCGGCGGGCCACCGCUGGCGCAGAGGAUUGCACCGCUGCCGCAGCUGCUGGCGGGGACGCAGAGCUUGCCCCUCUACAGGGACUUCACAUGGGGAGAGUACAAGAAGGCGGCCUACCGCUCUCGCCUCGGCGACAACCGGCUGGCCCCCUUCGAGGCGCCACCUGUCGCCACGCCACACGCCGACCGCCACCGGUCCUAGCCGGCCAACGUACGGCAUACAUCGCCGCGACAUACUUCCUUGGGAGCUUUCGUACGUGUCGACGCACGUACACGACGGGAGCUGCUGAUUGCUCCGGCCAUGCCGGCCUCCGUACGCCGUGGCCCAUGGGUGACCUGGCCGGAUGUAAA